CGAACCAAAUACACACUAUUAAAGCUAAGCUAAUAUACCAUUUUAUCAAGUAUCCCACACCACCUAUCUUUAGCUUACAUAAUGAGAAAUCUUUCAUUUUUCUUCCUUUUUUGUCUACUAUCAUCUCUCUCAUACGCCAUAGAACUCGACUUUUGUGUCGGGGAUCCUAGUCUUCCUAGAGGACCAGAAGGACAUGCUUGUAAAGAUCCUGCUAAAGUCACAACUGAUGAUUUUGUUUACACUGGUUUCCGUGGAGAAAAAAUUCCAAAUAAUGUUUUCGGGAACAAUGUGACAUUGGCAUUUUCAGAUGUGUUCCCAGCAUUUAAUGGUCUAGGCAUAUCUAUGGCCAGGUUAGAUUUCGCCGUAGGAGGGGUAAUCCCAGUACAUUCCCAUCGUACGUCGGAAGUUCUUCUUUUGGUGAAAGGUUCGAUCAUUGCAGGAUUUAUUGACACAAACAACACUGCGUAUUAUAAAAGAUUAGAGGUUGGUGAUGUAAUGGUAUUUCCACAAGCCAUGCUUCACUUCCAAAUCAACGUUGGUAAAACUCCGGCUACUGCAUUUGUUAGUUUGAAUGGAGCAAACCCGGCACUACAACUCACUCCUACCUCCUUAUUCGCUGGGAAUUUACCUGCUGAUAUAGCUCAGCAAAUCACACUCUUAAGUCAUGAAGAAGUAAUGCGAAUGAAGAGAAUCUUCGGCACAGCCUAACAAAAUUUCUUUCUCGAAUUAUUUCAAAUUGUACCAUAAUAAAUUCUAUAAGAUUGUAAUAAACACGUGUAUAACUAAGCAUGACUUUUUUAAAUUAUCAAUUGUGAUCUUCCCGAAUUGAUUCGUUAUUUCUUGUUAUAUGUAUUAUAUAUGUACCAUGAGAUAUAGAAGUUACUUAGUACUUAAAAUCUUGUGAUCAAAAAAAUUUCCUCACAA